ACUGGAUUUGCAGGCGGUUAUCAUUUAUGCAGGCUUUAAUUGGACGGUUUUACCCUGUGCUCUGAGGAAGAAGAGCAAUGGAGAAGAAGAAGAUUAUUAUCCUGGCUUUUUCUAUUUGGUCAUGUCAGGUUAUUAGUGCUCAAACGUUGUUUUGCCCCCGUGUGCCAAACGGCCAACCUGCAUAGCAGUUAGAAUUCUUCUAUCCUACAGGACGCACCGUUAGAUUUGUAUGUGAUGGCGGCUAUGAGUUUGAAGGAACAAAAUAUGCGCUUUGUGAAGAUGGAGCUUGGAGGCUGCCGGUGUGUAAAAUUCUAGACGAAACGUGUACCGCUCCGCAUGUGCCAAACGCCAAACCUGAGAACAAGUCAGCAACAUCCUACAAGGAUGGACACACUGUUAGAUUUGUAUGUGACGGCGGCUAUGAGUUUGAAGGAACAACAUAUGCGCUUUGUGAAGACGGAACUUGGAGGCUGCCGGUGUGUAAACUUGAAAAAUCACCAUGUAGUAGAGAACCAGCUGUGCGAAACGCCCGACCCGCAGACGAGUUAAGAAGGUCCUAUAACCAUGGAGACACCGUUCAGUUUAUAUGUAACAGAGGCUACACGUUUGAAGACACAGACUCCUGAAGACGGAACCUGGAAGCUGCCGGAGUGUAUAGAUCCAACACGGUGUACUGCCCCACGAGUGGCGAACGCCCAGCCUUCAGGAACGUUAGAGUCAUCCUAUAGGUCUGGAGACUAUGUUGCGUUUCGAUGUGACCGCGGCUAUGAGUUUGAAAGAAGAGACCCAUAUGCAACGUGUGCAGACGGAACCUGGAGGCUGCCGGUAAAUACCACUGGUUUUGACAGUGAGCUCUGUCGACGACGAAAUCCGGGAGGAGUGGGGGGAUCGUCUGCAGAGCUCCUGCUGCUGAUCAGAAAUCAUCCUUCUCAGAAUAAAUGCUCACUUUUCAACCAAAAUGUAUUUUGCAAAUCUGCUAAGAAGCUCUUUUAGUGAAUUAGUAACUUCAGUGGAACUAAAGAAGAAUGAUUUACACAUUCGAGAGGGCGAGGAAUGUGAAGUUGAGCUGAAGAUGGUGGAUUGUUACAUAAACCGAGAGAAACCCGAUCUGAAACAAUAAAGUUUAUGAUUAAAAUGA